AUGAUAACAGCUAAGCCACAUGGAAUCAAGCCACUGGAUCCCCGGUUCAGAGAAGCUCAUCUGCAAGUUGCAACGCUGAUGUCAGGGGAAUCCAUUGGGCCUAUUAAUCCCCUUCCCCCUUUGCCUCAUCCAUACGAGGAGGAAAUUCACGCUCUGAACUGGGAAAAUCAGUCAACUCCUGAAGGAAAGAAGAUGUUCGGAUUAUGCGAACCAAGGAUUUAUCAACCGCUCGAGACGACGCCUCUCGUUAUGAUCCGAACAGCUGAAGACCUUGAUAAUAUGAUCCGUGAAAUUGUCGAUGAUCCGCGUUGUCGAGAGGUUGCAAUAGAUUUGGAACAUCACUCACAACAUUCGUAUCGAGGGAUCACGUGCCUGAUUCAGAUGAGCACAAGAAGUAAAGAUUUCAUUAUCGAUCCAGUGAAUCUUCAAGAUGAACUUGUUAGACUGAAUGAGAUAACAGCAGAUCCUCGAAUUGUUAAAGUUCUUCACGGUUCGGAUUCAGAUGUCAUUUGGCUUCAGCGGGACUUUGCUGUCUAUCUUGUCAAUUUGUUUGAUACGGGACAAGCAGCGCGUGUUUUGGAAACUCCAGGGGGGGCCUCGUUAGCGAAUCUCCUCAUGUUUUACUGCAAAAUACCGCACACAUGGUCUGAUCUUCAGUCGCUCGUUAAUCCCUUGCCACGUUUGGUCCAUGAGAAAGCUUUAGAAAUACUUGAAGUCAUUAAAGUGAGGAACGUUCUUGAUCGUCAGACAUCUUCCACUCUUCAGAAAAACUCCGUGGCUCCUGUAGUUGAGUUGACAUCCCAGACUGACCCAAUUCCAUCACAGAUUGAAGAAUUCGCCCCUGCUCUACCCCUCGGAUCCUCCAUGAGAUCGGAAGAAGAUGUCGAUGAGAAGCCGUCCGGACCGACGGACGUCGACGAUCAGGCGCUAUCGGAUACCAACGAUGAUUCUUAUGCUUCAAUUGAUCGUCCUGCAGUUCGAAUUUCUGUUUCCUCAUCUGUAAGAAGAAGAAAGCGCAGUGACGCCCCUGAGGCCUCCAGGGCCGAUGCCUUUGAGGUGUUGGUAGCUGAGGGAGACUCGACUGAGAGGAACGUAAAACUUUCAACACCGAUCGACGCUCGGAAGAAGGUUUCGUCCGGAUUUAAUGGAAUUAUUCAACAAGGGCGUUUAUUAGCGCGAGCUGUUUCUACUUUAAUAUCGCAAGAUUUUAUGAAGUCGACAGAACCGAUGAUGAUUUCGAGCUCUUCACGAAAGCGUUCGCGAGCCGAACUUGAACGUCAAGAAGAAAGUCCGAUGGAAUCAAAGGAACCUGCAGACAAGAUCAAAUUUGCAACAAGCUAUGAGGUGCUUAUCGAUAAAGCAGGGGCAAAACGGAAGAAACAAAAGGGUGAACAGUUGCUGUCGUCAAUGUCUCAUCCCGAUUUGCUCGAAGCUUCAGCAACAAAAUCGAUGGCAGAGAGCAAGAUAGGAGAACGACCGAAAAAGAGACGAAAAACCCAGAAGCGAUCCGAGAACGUUCUAGCGACAGCCCUAUUGGAAACACCUAGCCGUCAAUGGAUGAAAAGAAAAGAACAAGUCGUAGAAUGCGAGACGAAUGCGUCUAACAGCAAAUCUGAAGGAUUGAAAGCAACAAAAGAAACGAAAAAACGAAGAAAAGAGAAUGCCGCUUCUCUAGCCAGCUUUUCGGAGAAUGUUCUUGAUCGCGCAGAAAAGAUUUUGCCUGCAGCUUUCUCGUUGAAGGCUUCCGGCCUCUCAACUCUUUCCGUUCCGAAGUAUUUCGCUAGCUCUGGCGUUGAAUCGUCGAAACCUAAAGGUUCCUCGCACUCUAAAAAGAGAAAGAAGUGGAAGUAG